CGUCAAGGAUGCCAAGUGCCGCCAAAAGCUCAAAGAAGAAGAAGAAGUAGAAGAAGAAAAGUUUUGGGGAGAGCAGGAGGGAGGGGACUCCGGAGUGAAGGUGUAGUCAUCCGACAGCGAGCAUGACCGACGCCGAGGCGCAGAGCGCUCCACCAUCGGCACCUGUGGAAGACAAACCACAGCCAGAGAGGAAAGUCAUAGCCACAUUGGUCCAAGGCACAGUGAAAUGGUUCAAUGUAAGGAAUGGAUAUGGCUUCAUAAACAGGAAUGAUACCAAAGAAGAUGUGUUUGUCCAUCAGACUGCCAUCAAGAAGAACAAUCCUAGGAAAUUCCUCCGCAGCGUGGGAGACGGGGAGGUCGUAGAGUUUGACGUGAUUGAGGCAGCCAAGGGCUCAGAAGCAGCCAAUGUAACCGGCCCAGGCGGCGUUCCAGUCAAAGGCAGCCGCUACGCACCCAACAAACGGCGCUUCCGUAGACGGUUUUUCCCCCGCAGCCCUCGGCCUGGUGACCAGGGUAAACCAGCCGACGGCCAAGAACCCUCAAUCGAGGGAGAGGGAUCAGGGGAGAAUGGUGGAACGAGACCUCCACUGCGCCGCCGUAGGCCUCGCAGACCUCGGCAGGAGGCACAAGAUGGUGAGGCUGGAGAGGAAAAGAACGGCGUAGAAGAGGGCGACCAAACGCAGCGACCACAGCGCAGAUUUUGGCACCCAUAUCGAAGACCGGCCCGCCCUCGCCCUCCUCCUGAUCAGACUGCAGACGGCCAGCAGGCUGCUCCAGAAGAGAGUGAGGAGCAAGGCAAGGUGAAGCAGACGGAGUCCUCUGAAGGCCCCCAGACCAACGGAGAAACAGCAGAAGGCCAGAAACAACGUCGCCAGUCUAGACGCCGCAGGCAACGAAACUCGGAGUCCUCUACCUCAAAGAACGAAGCAGAGAAGUCUACAUCAGACCCUGGUACCCCCCCUCAGACUUCAAAAUCACCCGACCUUAAAUCCACAUCAAAAUCACCAAAGGCCUCCCCUAAAACCCCUCAGAAAACACCAAAAUCACCUGAGGAGCCAGCUGCCACAACAGUCCCAGCACCAACAGAGUGAUGCUAGUAUGAGGACAGUCGUGUGACCCUUGGCAAGAGGUCCUAGGGUUGGAGGACUGGACUUAUUUCAGAACACAUGCACUACUCUCCCCUCCCUGCACUCCCCCAUCCUCCAACCCUCCCAGUCUCACUAUCAUCCUUCAUGCCUCUCCCCUCUCAUCUUGUUGUCCUGGCUUUAGACCCACAAUGCUCGAGGAGAGGGAUGAGGUAGAGAAGAAGAGGAUGCAGGUGACUGGCGGGUGCAUAUUUAGAAAAAUUGAAAGUACAUCUUUAAAAAAA